AUGUCUGAUGAUGAUGAUGAUGGAGUGGAGCCACAAAUUGAGGAUGUCAAUGGAUACUACUUUGAGGAUGGUGAAGGGGAACCUGUUUGUUUCAGUAUCUUGCCUUUCCAGUUUGGUGAGAAUGAUAACGACGCAGAUUUCUCCAGGAAGAAUGUUUUUUUGCACGGAUUUGCGGAUAAAAGUCUUCACGUGUACAAGGAGGUGGUAGCUUGGAAGAUGAGGCUUGACAGUGAGCAGCCCAACAUCUAUGUGCUUUCUAUUCAGCACAAGUGGAUAAAGCUGUUGAAACCACGAAAAUGCUAUGGAGAGUUCGUUCGCUCAAUAUUGAUUACGGUGCAAAUGCUCCACUUUGUUCGGAGAGGGGGGCAAAGAAGUUCUUUGAAUCACCUUUGGGAUCACCUUGAUGAAGUUUUUGGUAAAUACAAUCCUAAACCUGCGGUGGAUGACUUGAUGAAGCACCAUACCCUAAUCAAGUUGUUUGUAGAGAAAGAUCAAACAUUGAUGAAGUCAAAGAUUCUGCAAAGGCUUAUUGAGAAUGGCUUUGAGAGAACUAAAAAGGCCUUAGGUCUGGAAGCACAAUUCAUUGUUAGUGGUGGGCGGCGUGUUAGAAAAAAUGAUGAUAACAAUUAUGGUAACAAAGAUGACAGUGGUGAUGAUUGCGAUGACUGUGAUGGUAGCAGUGAUGAUGGUGAUGACAACAGUGAUGAUGAUGAUGAUGAUGAAAGCAGUGAUGAUGACGGUACUGAUCAAAUAUGUGCGAUAUGUGACGAUGGAGGAAAAUUGCUUAGCUGUGAAGGUCCAUGCAAGAGGUCUUUCCAUCCCGCAGAGAAAGAUGGCAGAGAAUCUAAAUGUGAAACUCUUGGUUACACUUCAGCAGAAGUAAAGAGAAUUGGCACUUAUCUAUGUGCAAACUGCAAAAAUAGGCAACACCAAUGUUAUAGAUGUGGAGAGCUUGAGCCAUCCCAUGGGCCAAAUGCUAAGGUGUUUCAAUGCAAUCAAGCAUCUUGUGGAUAUUUUUACCACCCUAAGUGCAUUGCACAAUUACUGGAUCCUAAUGCCACUGAUGGAGCUUGUGAGUUGGAAAGAAGGAUUAUGGCGGGGAUGUCAUUUCCAUGCCCCAUACAUUGGUGUUUCAAAUGUGGACGCAUGGAGAACAAGACUCAAAGAGCACUUCAGCUUGCAGUGUGUAGGCGCUGUCCAAGAGCAUAUCACAGGGAAUGUCUUCCAAGGGAACUAUCCUUAGGAGCAAAGGACAAGGAUGUUAACCCACGUGCUUGGAAGCUUUCCAAAACAAUUUUCAUCUACUGCCUAGAUCAUGAAAUAGACAAGGAUACUGGCGCAGCUAGUAGGAACCAUAUAAAAUUUCCAGCUACACCUGAAUGCACCAAAACAAAAGAGCUUGGUAACAGCAAAGGCAGGAUGACUGGCAAAAGGAGAAAGAACACUGACCAAUCAACAAAACCUACAGAAUUGUCAAACUGGUUGUGUGGAGCAGAAAGUGAGCAAGCUGACAAUGUAGGUGCAAAAAGUACAUCACCCCAGAUUGUUGUAGAGCCUCACUGUGCAGCAAAGCUCUUGAAGGGUGAUCCACAAAUUGAACAAUCUAUUAUUGGUGUUGCUGCUAGUCAAAAUGGUGCAGAAACUAUGAAAGGGCAUGAAAAACAAUUUGGCAUUUCAUCUUGUGUUCCAAGUACUGAAACAGAGAAGAGGGUAACAUGUUUGGCAGGGACACCAUAUGAUGGGCCAUCAACCAAGGGCAUGUCUGAUUGUUCUGUUCAGGACACCCCUGUGGACAAGGAUGUCGAGUUGGAUAAUGUGGCCUGCAGAAUCACGGAUGAUAAAUAUGCCAACGGAAGAGAUAAAACACAAGAGGACUAUACUAGAAAAGAAACUGGCCACCACAAAGACUCGAGUGAAAUUCAAGGGCAGAAUGAUGUGCUAGAGCUAGACAACCUCUGGGUGGAGAUACAAGCUGAUGGAAGUCCAUUAGAACCAGGAAACAAGGAGGAAAAUGCAUAUGGACUCGGAUCAGCUUCGGGACAGGAGAAAGAAGCCUCCUCCAGGAGAGAAAAUACACGGUCAGAUAGAGGGAUGGUCCCCAUGAACGACAGUAAAAUAAUUGAUUACAGGAAGGGUGGGACGACAGUAGAUAAUGUUGCUGACCACUCUUCAGAAGGAAGCUAUUCGUACCAAGGUGAAUGGAGUCGUUCUAAGUGCAAUGAUGGUCUUGUAGCAAUAGACCAGGAUACAUCAAGUGACAGGUCGAAAAAGAGAAGCCCACCUGUGGAAAAUGCAUCUGAUGGCAACAAAACAGACUUGGAUAAGAACAAGAAGCAUAAUCUCAGAGAAGAUGGAAGAGAGACUCAUUACGAAGAUAGGAGAACUGAAAGGAAUACAGCAGCAGACACAUCUAGAUACAAGUGCAGAGAUAAGACCGAAUCAGAUCGAAGAGAAGAAGAGCCUGUGGGGAGAAAUACUCGAACAAGUUCAAGGGAACAUUCACCGGAAAGGCAAAGGAUGGACCGCGGUGACAGUUAUCCUGGAACCUAUAAUAGACAAAGAUGUGAAUCGCUGCACAGUGUUAAUUCCCCAAGAAGUGGUGAUGACAGGAGGCAGUUGAGUCCAUGCCAGUCAUCAUUUCCUUUACCUGAAUUUGGUGGUGACCAUUCCCAUUUGUACCCGAGAGAUUCUCAAUACAGAACCAGCGGGAGGCAUAAUCCCCCCCAAUACCUGGGAAUACCUCAAUAUAGACCCUACACGGCUGCCAGCGUGGCUGAACAUUCAGCAGUGUGUUAUCGGCUUGCUGGUGGUCACGGAGAGGGAUCACGGGCUUCACGGCCAGUUACGGACAAGUAUGCCCCACACCUUGACCGCACAAACUAUCAACCAAGAAGCCAAAGUGACCUACAGCUACAGGCUUCACGGCCAGUUACGGACAAGUAUGCCCCACACCUUGACCGCACAAACUAUCAACCAAGAAGCCAAAGUGACCUACAAUAUGACCUGCGGCUUGUUCAAGCACUGCACAACAAGAAUCUAUUCUGA